AUCCAAUGCCUGGAAAAGGACAAGAGUCAAUGCUCAGAUCAUUUUAGACCUCUCCACAACCCAUAUCGUCUGGUUCCAAAGUCGGAUUUGUUGGCGGAUAAAAGCGCCUGGGCCCUCCCAUCGUCGGAUUGCCACACCUUUUUUUCUUCUUCUUUAAUAUGUCUCAACUUCACAGAUCCACCAAUCUCUGAAUCAACUGUGAUGCAUAUGGUCUGAUGCUGAUGCCGGUCAUUGAGGCAUCGGUGACCAGUGUAUCAAAGAGAAGAUAUCUUCCGAUUGUUCGGGUGACAGGAUUGCUCAACAGCGUCCGAUAUGCCUUGAUAUAAUAGUCAACGGCUCCAAUAUAGAAAAUUGAUUGAAUCAUCAAGCAAUCAACAUGGCCGGGGACAAUGACGCCGACGACACCGGCGCUCUGGACGGCAUCACCGGUUUCUUGAAUACAAACAACACCUGGCUUGCCAUAUUUCUCAUAUUCUUCCUCCUCCUUUCCAUAUACAACGCCCUCGAACUUGUGGUCAUGAUAUUAGUCUCAUUUCGACGAUUCCGAGGUCUCUAUUUCUGGUCGCUGGUACUAUCUGCCUUAUUCGGCCUGAUUCCGUAUUCUAUCGGCUUCUUCCUCAAAUUCUUUACCCGGGUCAGUCCAUGGGUUACCUGUACCGUUUUGACGGUGGGAUGGUGGGUGAUGGUUACGGGUCAGGCAAUGCAAGUGUUGUAUAUGAUUUGCAUCAAUGCCGUUGUCUUACAUCUUCCAACCACUAUUUUGACCUAUGGAUCCAAUAAUCCGGAUGCUUCACCACGUUUCGUUGUGGGGUAUAACAUCAUGGAGAAAAUUCAAUUGACCGGUUUCAGCAUCCAAGAAGCCAUCAUAUCUGGUCUGUAUCUCUAUGAGACGUUCAAACUACUCCAUAUAACCCACCGAGACAAAGCACAGCGAUGGAUCCAAUACCAGCUCAUCGCCGUCAACGUUCUUAUUAUCCUGAUGGAUUUAACUUUACUGGUUCUCGAAUAUGCCAGCGAAUACGCAAUUCAAAUCUGUCUCAAGGGCGCCGUGUACAGCGUGAAACUCAAACUUGAAUUUGCGGUCUUGGGUCAACUGGUUGAUUUCAUUCGCAAUAAAAGCGGCAAUUAUCGUCACGACGGACACCAUUCAGGUGGAACAGAUAUACAAAUGGCCGAUGCCGGGAAUAUAUUAUCCAGCUCAAAGAAGAGGUACGCAGGACGAGAUGCGGGCUUACCGUCUACGAGAGCAGAUGAUCCUCAUUUUUAUGGCAAGACGACUACGAUGAUUCUACCGAAUGAGGUUACGAAUUCGAGUGAGGAGAGACUGAAUCUGCCGUCGGGGAUUAUUAUGACCAAGACCGAGUUUGUGCAGAGGAUUGAUCAUAAGAGAGAUCAUUCGGAUGAUUUGGAAUGAUUGUUAGUGUUUUUUUCUGCUUGACACCCAUCACGCUGUAUCAUUUGAUUCAUAUGAUAUAUCUCCACUAUUUCUUGCAAUGACAUUAUCGAAAGUCUCAGGGUGGAUCAAAUCCAGGACAAUGAUAGAGUUAUGUACUGGACGUAGUCAUUGUUAUGCAGUUAUACACGAAUAUAGACGCUUGAAGAAGAAGAAGUCCGAAG